AUGAGGAACCUAGAGAGGCAAGUGGGACAACUUGCCAAUGAUUUGAAGGCGAGACCGCAAGGCUCUAUUCCUGGACAUACUGAAGUUCCAAAAAGAUAUGGAAAAGAACAAUGCAAGGCGGUAACUUUGAGAAGUGGAUUGUCUUACGAAGGACCAAAGAUGCUGGUUGAGGUAAAAAAACCUUCCACAUCAAUUCAAAAUGCUCCUAGUGAAGCAAAGAAAGAAAAAACCACCUCGGGUGAGGGGGAGGCGUCUGGCUCCUCUCCACAAAAAAAAUCAUCUUUUGCCCCGAUUCCUCCUUUCCCUCAAAGAUUAGCCAUGAAAAACCAAGAAACUCAAUUUAGAAAGUUUUUAGACAUCCUCAAACAACUUCACAUAAACAUUCCUUUAGUUGAUGCCUUAGAACAAAUGUUGAAUUAUGCUAUGUUCCAGAAUGAUAUUGUUUCUAGAAAAAAGAAGUUAGGUGAACUUGAGAUGAUAGCUAUGACCAAGUGUAGUAGUGAAGCUGUAGAAUUAGGCAUAGGAGAAGCUAGACCCACUACGGUUACCCUCCAAUUAGCAGAUAGACCCAUUAAGAAGCCUGAAGGAAAAAUGGAAGAUGUUCUAGUUCAGAUAUUGACCAAAUACAAGAAGGCCAUUGGAUAG